UUCUCAAUAGGAACUUCCGCUUAAUAUACUGAGUAUGCGUUGUUGCUGAAUCACGUGACAAAGCAUCGUCGAGCUAAAACCCCACAAACUAUAGAUUGUGAAGGAGUUGAGCUUUAAAUCCGGAAUUGUACCGUAAUAAUGCCGCCUUCAAAGAAUUUCAGGAGAAGGAAAGCCGACUCGGAUGACGAGGAGGAUGAGGAGAUAACUGCCGAAGUCAGGUCUAAAGUGGAUGAGGUCAAAGAAAUUCAGAGUUUACGUAAGAGACAAAGCGGCGUGAGUAUAGUAUCAUUGCUGGUUGGUGAGAAACUGCCACCAGAAGCUGAGAUUGAGGAUGAUCCUUUUAAGCUGAAGACGGGAGGUGUUGUUGAUAUGAAAAAGGUUAAAGACCGAAACAGAGACAUGACCCAGGAUGAAACUGAUCUUAAUCUGGGAACGUCUUUUUCUGCCGAGACCAAUCGAAGAGAUGAAGACGCUGAUAUGAUGAAAUACAUCGAGACGGAGCUAAAGAAAAAGAAAGGGAUGAUAGAAACAGAGGAGCAAAAAGUCAAAGCCAAGAAUGCAGAAGACCUGCUUUACGAGCUGCCAGAGAGCAUCCGCGUGGCCUCUGCCAAGAAGACGGAGGAGAUGCUCUCCAACCAGAUGCUGAGCGGAAUCCCAGAGGUGGACUUGGGCAUAGACGCCAAGAUAAAAAACAUCAUCUACACAGAGGAAGCUAAAGCUAGGCUCAUAGCCGAACAGAGGAACAAAAAGAAAGACAGCGGCACCUCUUUCGUGCCCACCAACAUCGCAGUCAAUUACGUCCAGCACAACCGCUUUUACCAUGAGGACGUUAAUGCACCAGCGAGACGACAUCGCGAGGAGCCCAAGGCGCGGCCUCUCCGUGUGGGAGACACUGAAAAGCCUGAAGCAGAGAAGACACCCCCGAACCGAAAGAGGCCAGCCAAUGAAAAGGCUACUGAUGAUUACCACUACGAAAAGUUUAAGAAGAUGAAUCGCAGAUAUUAAAAGCAGAUUUAUAUCCCAGUUUUAUUAUCCUCUUUUUGUUGUCCAGUUUUCAUCUGUUUUGUUUGUAUUUAUUUACCUGUAUUUGAUUUCAUUUGAUUUAAAAAAAAAAAAUUAAAAAUUCCAGUUUGAGGAAAUGUUUUUUGUUUGUUUUGUUAGUUAAGAUAGGGCUGUUAAUGGCAAAUGUUAAAUUCUGCAAAAUCAGGUGAUGGAUGUUUUUAGACAGCAAGAGACUAAACAUUUGUGAUGCUGUUUAUUUUAAGCUGUUGUCAUACAGUCAUAAGAAACUCAUUAACAUAAAAGAUUCAUGGGAUGGUUCAAAUAAGAGCUACUGCUUAUGGUGACAAUGACUGAAUACAUUAUAAAUGUGGGAUGGAUCCUCUUGUAAGAGGAAUAGCAUAGAACUGUAUCAAACCUCGUGAACCUUGUCGCUGCCUUGCUAUAAUGUCCAAGAUCCCAGUCACCUCCUUUCACAUAUUGCUGUUACAUCUAAAAAAAUCACAAAUUGUAUCUUGUGAAAAUAUCAUGCAUACUCUGAUAAUGUUAAUUUUUCCAAUAGAAAACAAGUUUAUUUUAGCCACAGCUCUGACCAGGAUAGGUGAAUGGUUGGGUCAUUGAAUAUAUUUCUAAAAGGCAUUCUAUUGCAUUCUGUUCUGUUCUCUAAGAUGCAGUGUAUUGUUAUACUAUUACCUAGUGUAAAAUACCUCAGUCUUUGCUUUUUAUGUUGAGUCUAUCAGGUAAAAACUGUAUCUCAUAUAUGAUCAUCUACACUUUAAACCAAGCAUUAAUCAUAUGCUAAGAAUAUGCUGUCUAAUGUCUGCAGAGUACACAUUUAUACGAAGAGAAAGCCAUUCUAGGUUAUGGAGACAAGUAGCACAGAACGUGUAAUAGAGUAUUGGUUAUUACAAUAUGUUAUAUACAGUAUGUGUAAAUAUAUCAUUUAGUUUACCUUUAAAAAAAUCCCCUGUAUGCUUAGGAAUCUGUUUAAUUUAUGAAAGUCUAUAGGAAAUCCUGGUAAGUACCCUUCUUCAAGCAUCAUUUCAGUGUUAAUUUACCUUAAGUUAAUUUACAUUUACUAAGCUAAACUUAAAGGCUAGCUUUGCAUUGCUCAGAAAGUCCUAAAAGAAUUUACAAAUAUUAGUGAGAUUGAAAAGAACAUUCUGAGCCAUGUGUUUUGUAAGAUACUUAUUUUGUAUUUCUAAAAACACUGCUAUUAGAGACAACCAUUUCCUUAAUAGUAUUUUUUUCAGUUAUUGCAUUUUUUUUACAUUGAUUGUGCCCCUGUUGAUUCACUGUCGCCCUGACAACACACUCAUUAUGAGUCUUGUAGUAACUCUUGAUUGCCAUAGUCAUGAAUAAUUUCUUUCCAGAAACUUUAUUGAAGUUUAUUUUUCCUUGUGCCAUUAUUGAUUUGCCGGAUGUAAAGUUAAACAUAUUUCCACUAAUAAAUACUUUUUAAAAGUU